AAAAAGCACCUCCUCCAGUCUCUGCUUCGAGCUCCACAGAUCAGCUUUCUGAAUUUGAUCUAUCAGCUUGUGCCGUCAGGUGCGGUUAGGCUAUUCUUCCCCGACGUCGUUUCGCGACACGAUUGCCUCCUUGCUCCUUGACUCGCCGCCUCGGGUGGUCUCUGUUCGUCGCUGUAUCUCCUUCGCACGAUACGCGGAGAACCGCAACGUGCGCCUAAACUAUCAUACCAGCCGUGCAUCUACGGAAGUUUGCGGAUCGUCCACUUCAGCAUGGGGAAACAGCGGAUGUCUGCGGUGGACAUCGCCGCUGAGGUGGCAUGCCUACGUCAGCGGCUGAUUGGUUUCCGAGUCGCGAACCUAUACGACCUGAGUCCUAAGACGUACGUGGUGAAGCUGGCGCGCAGCAGCGGCGUGUCGGAGAGCGGGGAGAGCGAGAAGGUGCUGCUGCUGCUGGAGAGCGGCAUGCGCUUCCACACCACCAACUUCGCCAGAGACAAGAGUGUGACGCCCUCGGGCUUCACGCUUAAGCUGAGGAAGCACAUCCGCACUCGCCGCCUCGAGGACAUUUCCCAGAUCGGAAUCGACAGGGUGGUGGACUUCAAGUUUGGCGUGGGCGAGUCGGCGCACCAUCUGCUGCUGGAGCUGUACGCUGGGGGCAACGUCAUCCUCACCGACUGCAACUACUCCGUGCUCACUCUGCUGCGAUCGCACAGGGAUGACGACAAGGGCAUUGCCAUAAUGCCCAACCACCCCUACCCCCUCUCCUCCCUCCGCCCCCUCACUCUCUCCUCCCCCUCCGCCCUCACCAAAGCACUUGUGGGGGAAGCGUCAGUGGGGGGCGCGGAAGGCAAUGGGAGGGAGGCGGAGGGCGAGGGGGGGAAGAGUAGCGGGGAUGCUGUGUUGAAGGAACGGCUGGCGUCUGUGCUGGGGUAUGGCUUGCCUAUCUGCGAGCACAUUGUUAGACUAGGGAUGGAGGCUGCUGUUCCUGCUGCUGCUAAUACUGCUGAUGCUGAUGCUGAUGCUGCUGCUGAUGAUGGUGCUGGUGCUGGUGCAACACCUGCUGAUGGUGUUGCUGGUGGUGGGAGUGUUGGCAGCUUAGUUCCGUGUGCUGUGAUAAGCAAGGGUGGUCUGCAGGGAAAGGAGGAGGUGAUAGUAGAGAAGGUGGUGGCUGCAGUGAGUGCGUUUGAGGAGUGGCUCGUGAAUGUGACUCAAAUGAAGGUCAUUCCAACAGGCUACAUCCUGCUGCGGCGAGAGCAGCAGCAGAAGCAGCAGCAAGAGCGGCAGCAGCAGCAGCCACAGCAGGCGCAGAGGAGGCGUCAGAGGGGGGAAAAGAAGCAGCACUUCGAAGCAAAGCGGGCAGGCGAGGGGAGUGGAGGGGAGUCAAGGGCGGAAGGGGCGGAGGGGGAAGGGCAGGGGGAAGGCGCAGCAAAGGGUGAGGCAGGGGGCGAUGGGGCGGAGGAAGAUGACGUUGUGUACGAGGAGUUCUGGCCUCUGGCCUUGCGCCAGCUGCAGCUCAUGGCCGGCGAAGCAGCAGCAGGAGGAGGAGCAGCAGGGGCAGCACCAGGAGGAGAGUCAGCAGGUGCAGCAGCAGCAAGAGGAGGAGGAGGGGGAGGAGUGAGGAGGAGUGGCGGGGAGAAUGGGAGCCUGGCGCUGCGUGAGUUUGAGACGUUUGAUGGCGCCAUGGACGAGUUCUUUGCUCGGUACGAGGGGCAGAGGGCCACGCAGCAGAGAGCAGCAGCGGAGAAGCAAGCUGCCAGCAAGCUGGAGAAGAUCAGAGCCGAUCAGCAAAAGCGUGCACAACAACUGCAGCAGGAGGUGGACGUGGCAGAGCACAAGGCACGCCUCAUCGAGCAGAACCUCGCUGACGUGGACGCCGCCAUCCUGGCGGUGCGCGAGGCGCUGGCGGGCGGCAUGGACUGGCAGGACCUGGCGGCGAUGGUGAAGGAGGAGCGGCGCGCAGGGAACCCCGUGGCGGCGCUGAUUGCGGCGCUGCACCUGGACAGGGGGCGCAUUGCCGUGCUGCUCACGCCGCCCGAUCUCGACAGCAUGGACGAUGAGGAGAGGACGGCCCCCGCUGCUCUGGUGGAAGUGGACUACUCCCUGUCAGCGUACGCGAAUGCGCGCAUGUGGUUCCAGUCGCGCAAGAAGCAGCAGGAGAAGCGCAACAAGACGGAGGCGGCGCACGAGACAGCACUCAAGGCCGCCCACGCCAAGACCACCCAGCAGCUAGCUCAGGCGAAGCUAGUGGCGUCGGUGCAGCACAUGCGCAAGGUGCACUGGUUCGAGCGCUUCCACUGGUUCAUCUCCAGCGAGAACUACGUCGUCAUCAGCGGCCGCGACGCGCAACAGAACGAGAUGCUUGUCAAGAAAUACAUGCGCCGCGGGGACCUGUACGUGCACGCGGACCUGCACGGAGCAGCCAGCACCAUCAUCCGGAACACGGACCCGCAUGGCUUCGCCCCCAUCCCCCCCCUCACGCUCGCACAAGCCGGCGCCGCCACGGUGUGCCUGUCUGCGGCGUGGGACUCCAAGGUAGUCACCAGCGCGUGGUGGGUGCACCCGCACCAGGUGAGCAAGACUGCUCCCACCGGGGAGUACCUGACAGUGGGGUCGUUCAUGAUCCGCGGGAAGAAGAACUUUCUGCCGCCUGUGCCGCUGCAGAUGGCGUUUGGGUUUGUGUUCCGCGUGGACGAGAGCUGCUUGGGGGCGCACCUGGGGGAGAGGCGGGGGAUGACUGGAGGGGAAAGGGAGGAGGGUGGGGAGGGGGAGAAAGAGGGGGGAGACAAUCCAGAGAAAGUGGAGGAGGAAGAGGAGAGAGAGGAGGAGGAGGAAGAGGGGGGGCUGGAGGAUAUGCUCGAUGCAGUGCUGUCAGUGGGGGGGACCGGAGGGAUGGGCAGAGCAAAGAGGGAAGCUGGUAUAGGGGAAGACAAACCAAAGCAGAACCAGGGUGAGGUCGUAGCAUCUGCCGCUCUUGCCCCCUCCAUGCGUUCUUCUCACGGAACCUCUGCUUCCAAGUACGGGUUACAGGAGGUGGGCGCGGCAGGGGAGGGGGAGGAGGAGGAGGAGGGUGGCGACAUGAAGGGCGGAGAGGAGCAGGAGCAGGGAAAAGGGGGGAAGGGUUUUGAGCCCGUGAAGGGGGCAAGGGGCAAGAGAGGGCAGAGCAAGAAGCAGCAGAGCAAGUAUGCGGAUCAGGACGAGGAGGAGCGACAGCUGCGACUGGCCUUGCUUGGGUCAGCAGGCAACAAGGCAGCAUCGGCUGGAAAGAAAGGGCCAGGCAAGGGCAGCAAGGGCGCUGCUGCUACUGAUGCUGUUGGUGCCGGUGGUGCUGGUGGUGCUGGUGGUGGUGGCGGUGGUGGCAGGGGCAAGGGUGCAGGCUCUGCGUCUAAUGAGUUGGUGUGCUUUAAGUGCAAGGGCAAGGGGCACCGGGCCAAGGAGUGCACUGCUGGUGCUGAUGCAGAUGGUGAGGCGAGCAAGGGAGGCGAAGAGGUGCAGAUUUUGGAGGCGAGGGGCAGUGAGGAUGUGAGGGUGGUGGAGGGGGAUAAGGGAGGAGAGGAGCAGUUGAAAAGGGGCAUUGAAACGGGGACACCAGGAGGAGGGACUGGUGGAGCGAUGGAAGAUGGUUCGGCGCAAUUAGAGGUGACAAGUCUAGGGGACAGGGAUGGGCGUGGUGGGGAGGAGGGUGAGGGGGAGGCGGAAGAGGCGGACGCGGCAGAAGAGGCAGGGAGGGAGGAGGCACGUGGGACAAAUGAGAACACAGGAAGUAGAGGAGGAGGAGAAAAGGAAGCAGGAAAGGGAGGGGCAGGGGGUGAGGGAGAGGGUGGGGAGAAGCUGAGCCGGCGGGCGCGGGCGCGAGCGGAGGAGGCGGAAGUAGAGGCGAUCCUAGCAGAGGAAGACGUGGCAGAGGUGGGCGAUGAGGAGAGGGAGCGGCUCACGGAGAUCGACUCUCUCACGGGCGUGCCUCUCCCCUCAGACGUGCUGCUGUAUGCUGUGCCCGUGUGCGGCCCUGUGAAUGCCCUCUCCAACUUCAAGUACCGGGUCAAAAUUACCCCGGGGCAUCUCAAGAAGGGCAAAGCCGUGAAACAAGCCGUGGACCUCUUCCUGCGCUCGCCGGACCUGUCAGCGCGGGAGAGGGAGCUCAUCAAGGCCGUGCCUCUGCCGGACCUGGUGUCUGCAAUGAUGUCCAACGCUAAGAUCACAGCUCCGGGGCUCAACAAGAUGGUCCGGGACAAGAAGAAGGGAGGGAAGUGAGGGUUGCGGAACAGGGGUUGGUGAUGGAUGCGACACCAAGUCUCUUCUAGCAGGGGUUUGUUUUGUUGGUGAUGCAUUGGGUGGUGGUGGUGGAGUUGGCAAGUAGGAGACUUGGGUUCAACGUGCAGUAUUCCCUGUUGUUAGGACAUCCUUUGUGGAAGCAUUCAUGGUAUACGCCCUGGUUUCGUGUUAUGUCUAGUUGGCUUCCACUUUAUGUGCUCAAAAUGCAAGAUUUGUCGAAAUAGUGACCUU